GUCAGAGCCACCAAAGCCAGCGGGGAGCAGCGGUGCAGCAGGACUCUUCGCUGCCUGCUCGUGCUGCUCAGCGCCGGCCAGACCUCACAACACAUCACACCCCAGCCUGCGGCGAAACGGCUUUAUUAUCACCGUGUCACCCGAAGCCUGUAGGGUGUGUAGAUACCUUUUUGACUGUCUCCUACUGUGAGAGGGCGUAUCCGCGUUCAGAGAGAGGCCGAGCCAGUAAAGGGCGAGCGGAGGGAGUGGGAGGGCUUUUCGCUGUUUUGAAACAUAGGAAGAAAACAGCGAACAGCCACGCCGCCCACUAAACAAGGCGAAGCGCGCAUCAACAAUUUCACAGCCGCUGCUGCUGCUGCUGCCCCGAUUAAACGCACGGAGGAGUGGAUGAGUGCAGACACCCAGUGACAAGAGCGAGGGCUGCUUCUGUGAUCCUACAGAGGAACUAACAAAAGAAUGACCAUGUUGCCACUAAAGAGCUAAUCACUGUGAAGUCGUGGACGGUAGUGGAACAUCCAGCAUCUGAGCCAGUUGUGCUUUCUUAGCUUCAAGUGGAGUUGUGCAAACUUUCUACUAGACCUGUGUAACUUACCUUCUCUACUGGCUGCCUGCCACUGAAUAUAAAAAGGGACCCCGCCUACCUAUCUUUAAAAAAAAUGGAGACUCUUUCUCAAGAUUCAAUUCUGGAGUGUCAGAUCUGCUUUAACUACUAUAGCCCUCGCCGGCGGCCCAAACUCCUGGAUUGCAGACACACGUGCUGCUCGGUGUGUUUGACCCAGAUGCGCAGCAGCCAGAAGGAGAUUCGUUGUCCCUGGUGCCGUGGCGUCACUAAACUCCCUCCGGGCCUGUCAGUCUCCCAGCUCCCAGAUGACCCGGACAUCAUCACUGUCAUCGCCAUCCCUCACGCCUCUGAGCACACGCCCGUCUUCAUCCGCCUGCCGAGCAACGGCUGCUACAUGCUGCCACUGCCCAUCGCCAAGGAGAGGGCACUUGGCCUGCCAGGGGAGCUGGGAUGUCGCUUCCUGCCUGGCAGCCAGCAGAGGGUGACCGUGGUGACCGUGCCCGAGCAGCAGCCUCUGGGCCUGGGUAUGGGUCUGGAGGGUGUCGGGAUGGGGCUGGAAGGAGGCGAGGGCGAGAGGAGAGUUACUGGCCCGGUGGUAGGAGGAGGGAAGGGCUCCACGUGGUCAGGCGUGUGCACGGUGAUCCUGGUGGCGUGUGUGCUGCUCUUCCUCCUGGGCAUCGUGCUGCACAACAUGUCCUGCAUCUCCAAGCGCUUCACUGUCAUCUCCUGCGGCUGAGGGUGGAGGGAGGCUGCUCGGACUGCCGCGGCCCCCCCCCCCUAGAUUCCCCCACUAGCCCUGCCUCUCCUCAGGACGCGACUGCUGAGGAGAGGGGACUAAACUCGCAUCAUGGGCAUCCAAGGAAGCUACAGAGCAACAUAGAGAGAAACCGAUGAUGCAGAAGAAGAGGGCAGACAAGCAGCCUGCCAAUUAUUUUUUGGGAUACUGAAAUUAAAAUGGAAAUACAGACAACUUCACUUUCCUCUUGUCAACAGCACUCUGUCAGCCCUGAACCCCGUCGCCCUUUUCCUGUCUUUCCAUUUUCUCUGAAAGAACAUUUUUGGAUUUGCUCCAGAAAUGUUUUUGGCCAGCUGAUUUGUUUUUGGCUGGGGGCCGAUAUGACACUCACACUCUCAGCCGUUGGAUUGCCUGUUUAGUCUGUGGUUUGUAGAAGUACAUCAGUUAUCAUAGUGUUGUUUAGGUGAGUGUUGGUUCCAAGUGCGUUGUCUUCAGCUGGUGCUGCAGUAGAUGAGUUCGGACUUGGCUGCUCUCCGUUCUCUGAUGCUGCAGGAAUUAACUGUGCAGGAUCCACGUCCGGCCCCGUUUGAAUCAUCUGGGAAACUCAAAAUCAACACAGCUUUCAUUUUCUUUUCUUUUUUCUUUCACACAACCUGUUCCUGUUCAGAACAAACUGUUGCUGUGAUGGCUCCGUGUGGUUAGAAAUGGGAUUGUUCAUUCAUGCCAGCAUAUUACAGGCCUAAAUUUAAAAAUGCAGGUAGUUGCUUUAUUAAGGCUUAAAUGUCUGAAUUACUGCUGAAAUGACAGUCAGAGAUUGAUCGGAAAAUGACAAACACUGGAUGUUUUCAGCCUGUCAAAUGUGAUUUUUUUUUUUUUCCUCUUCCUCUGUCUUUGUAAAUUCAGUAUCAUUGGGGUUUGGACUGUUGGUUGAACAACACAACUCAUGUGAAGACAUCACUGGGAUUUUCACAACUUUCGUUUCUAAACAAUGAGUCUCUCUAUUUAUCCAAAAUAGUGAAAAUUAUCACUAGUUGCUGUCCUAUUUAGAUUUUGGUGGGAAACUUUGUGCUACCUUCUAGUAGGAUUCUAGCUGCCAAAAAUGUACAGGCUAUCUGGUAAACAAAGAAGUUGCUCAAAAUACUGUGUUUAGAACUGAUGACAGAAUAAAAGUUCAACAGGAUUAGUUUGACAUUUUGGGAAAUACUCUUAUUUGCAUUCUGUCCAAGAGUUAGAUCGAUACCACUGUCUGUGCGUUACAUACGGCUCUAGAGCCAGGAGACGAUUAGCCUAGCUUAGCAUAAACUAGAAGCAGGGGGAAACGGUUCUUUCAUGUUAAAAAAUUGACACUUUAUCACCGUCUCUAAAGCCCACUUAACAUCUUGUUUAACCUGCACACAAACAGAACUGCAAUGUUGUGCUGCCAGCACACCAAAACCCACAACUUUACAUUUAAACAUUUUUGUAUGGAUUAAACAAACAUGUUACAGUAAUUUGAGGCUUUACAAAGGAGCUACAUGCUACAUGCUAAGUAAGUUAAUUACCACAUGCACCCCCAUAAAAGUUUUUACAUUUCUCAAAAAAAUGAGAACUGUAAAAAAUGGAUUAAGGCUUUUAUGAACAAGUUGUUGGUGGACAUAUUUUUAACUCUGAAGACGCUAGCUGUUUCCCAUCUUUAUGCUUAAAUCUAAGCUAAUUACCUGCUAGCUCUAGCUCUGUAUAUGAGACUGGUAUCAAUCUCCUGGCAAGAAAGCCAAUACGCAUAAUGUCAAACUAUGUUUUUAAAUAGAACAGAAUGGAAUUGGACAUUCAGGGCAACAUUCUUGUUCCCAGUUUCUCUUUUUUUUCUCUUUUGCAGUGCAUCCAUUUUUUAUGUUUUCCCACGGAUGCUUUCAUCGAUUACUUAACUGUCCAACUACUUUUCACCCUGACCUGCAGACCACCAUUGUCCUCUAAAGACAGACUCUUCAGCUUUGACCAGGCCCUCACCGGCAGCCCACAAACUAUCGACUCCCUUCAUCUUAAUACUUUCCUUAAUAUAGAAAACUGGUGGUUAUGGGCUCAAAAGUUUGAUGGUAUGUAUUUGUGUGUGUGUGAGUAAUGGGUCAGGGCACUGCAGGGGUCCAGUUAAUGACGACUGUAUCGAUUUAUCUGCUUUUGAAUAUCUCUCGCAUCUGCAGAGAUGGAUGUUUCUCUCUCUUCACUUUUAUAUGUUGAGGCAAGCAGUAUUUCUGUUUACUGUAUCGUUAAAGCAAUGGAGUGUACAGUACACACACACAGGGUGAACUCUUUUGUAUAGCAGCCUCAUCAUGUACAGAAUGAUUGUAAUUUCCUUGUCUUUUUCUGGAACUGUUUUUUUUGUUGACAUGUUUUACUUGGUUAGUAUUAUAAGAGUCGGAAUUGAGAUUAUGGAGCUCUGUGUGGGUUUAGCUCUAAAAUAAACAAACAUGAAAAGUUAAGUCAGUA